UGUCUGAAUGUAUGAGCUCAGGAGUUCUCACAGACUCGGCGGCGCCAGCUCUUCACACACUCACAGGAUAUGUAAAGACUUCAAUAACGAGCCAUUAACCCCUAAUCAUCGGGAUCGAUCAGGCGUUAACAAGGCUCUCUACAUAUGCAAAUGGAGCAGAGGGCCGGCCGGGGCCGCUAUAAAACCUGACCCGGGUCUGAGGCUGCUCCACCACACACACUCUGACAUCUGGUGGAUUAACAGGUCACCGAGCAGCAACGUGAACAUGGUGAAAUACUUUUCCGUGGACUGGCUGGCCCAGAGCCAUCACCACCACGCUGGGCCGGAUGAACUCCACGGAGCUGGCAUGGACUCUGCGCCGACCUGCAGACCACACGUUCCCUGCAUGGUGCAGCCGAGGCCGCCGACUUUUGGCAAGGGGUACCUGCAGCCAAAACCCAAAGCAGCCAAACCCGGAGCGGAGCCAGAGACCAGCAGCGGGCAGGACUCCAGCAGGUCCUCACCUUUCCACCCAACAAGCUGCGCCUCACCAAUUUCAGAGAUCAGCGGGUAUUCCUCUGGUUAUGAGAGUGAAGCAGCUUCCUCUGAGUGUCUCUCUGUGGAUGAGGGAAGCGACGUGGACCGUGAAGAAGGACCGCAGCGCCGAGUGCGCACAAAGUUCACCCCGGAGCAGAUCAACAAGCUGGAAAAGAUCUUCAACAAGCACAAAUACCUGGAUGCUGGAGAGAGAGUGAAGACAGCGCACAAGCUGAACCUCACAGAAACUCAGGUGAGAACCUGGUUCCAGAACAGGAGAAUGAAGCUGAAACGGGAGGUUCAGGACUACCUCGCUCCCCAGAUCCCUCCCGUCCUGUUCCAGCCUCUGCCCCCGGUUCAGUACCACAGCGUGGCCGGACAGCGACCCCCCUACCCGGCCCCCGGCCCGGCCUUCUACCCGCUCCCCGUCCCGCCGCAGCUCGUCCUCCAGCGGCCUCCUCACCUCAUGAUCCACAACUCACAUUUCUACUGA